AUGAGCUUCUCUUUCUCCUUGAAGAAGUCUUCUGCUGCUAAGCCUGCAGCUGCUGCAGCAGCAGGAGGAGCAGCAAAAGCAGCAGGAACAGCAGCAGCAGCAGCAGCAGCAGGAGCAGGAGGAGUGCGCGCCCCUCUCGCUAUAUUUCAAAAGGCUCUGGAGGAAGAAGAGAGAGCAGCAGCAGAGCAGCAGCAACAAACAGCUGCUCCCAGGCUAUCUCUCUCUCAUUUUUCUCGCUCAAUAAAUAAACAUGAGAAACAAAAAGUAGAAGAGUUGCUGCAACAAGACCCCAACACCUUUGCUUAUGAUGCGGUGUAUGAACAGAUUAGCAGCACACCAGCAAAAGAGCAGCAGCAGCAUUCUCAAACUCAUCGUACAUACCUUGGCUAUACAAAAGAUAUACAAGACAAAAUACACAAAGAUGCGCAAACAGCAGACAUCUUAGCAGCACAAGCAGACCAAGUGUCUCCGCAGGGGCCCCCUACCUCUUCUAGGCCUUCUGUUGUAUACGGAUUAUCCCCAGGGCCCAGAGGGGGGCCCCCAGGGGGGCCCCCAGGGGAAGGGGGCCCCCCAGGGGGCCCCUCUGAGGGGCCUCGACGGGGCCCCCCUCCUCGUUUUAUAGGGAAGCUGGUAUUGCAAGCUCAAAGGAGACAGCUGGAGAGAGAAAUAAUACAAGAGAGACAGCAGCAAAAAGAGAGAGAUAAAGAAGGAGGUGCAGCAGAGGAGGUGUUUGUAACAGGUGCUUAUAAAGCAAGAUUAGAAGAAAGACAGAAAAUCCUUGAAGAAUUAGAGAGACAAGAUAAGAUAGAUGAAGAGAGAGCAGCACAUAAACAGAAAGACCUCUCUUCUUUUCAUUCUUAUCUCCUCAAAUCAGGUGCUGCAACGCGCAGUGCUGCAGCUAUCAGCCCCGCCCCACCACCUGCUGCUGCUCCUGCUGCUGGUGGUGCUGCAGCAGCAGCAGCACACGCUGCUGCAGCACCUAAGCAGACAAAGGCAGAAGUAGUAGCAGCUGCAGCAGCAGGAGCUGCAGCAGCAGCAGCGGCGAAAUCCGAAGGCGCAACACUGUCUCAGCAGCAACAGCAGCAGCAGCAGCAACAGCAGCAGCAGCAGCAGCAGCAGCAGCAACAGGAGACGGGCCCAAUAAAAACAGAGGGAUCUCUCCCUGGCGCCGUCUGCCCCAGCCCCAGCAGCAGCCCCAGCCCCAGCAGCAGCAGCAGCAGCAGCAGCAGCAGCAGCAGCAGCAAUGUGAGCCCCGUAACAAAGGAGAUGGUAGUGCCUUAUAAAAAGAGGUCUGCGGAGGUCAAGACUGUCUCCGUCCCCUCUAAACUGUCUCCUUCUCAGGUAGCAGAGGCGAGGGCUAGAUUUAUAAAAAGAAAGAAGUGCAAACAAGAAGAGUAA